AUGUCGUUGUUUUCGUUGACACCUACGUUUACCCAAGGCCUUGUCGUCGGACAACUGUCGAUUCUGCUAUUACUGGGGGUUAUCAUUCGACAUUUGUUCUUGGACUCGGGCAAGACUCAGCCUGUGCAUACCCCUGCUCCAUUGCCAGUUCGACCACCACCCCAAGAAUCGGAAAAGGCCAAGAUCGAGGAGGGGGACUGGAGGACCGGAGACGCGGAAACUGCAGAAUGGUUCAAUUUGCUGCUGAACUUGUGCGUACAAACCUACCGUGAAGAGUUGAAGGGAAACUUGCAGGGAGGUGCCGGGGACGAGGCUGCACGGGCCAGAAUCGAAAAAUGGGCAAACGCAACGUUGCAAUCCGAUAUUAUGGACAACAUCAUUAUUCAUUCUGUUGAUUUGGGAACGAGUGCGCCAAGGAUUAGCGAGGCGAGACUUGUUCCGGAUCUGAAUGACCCGAAUGGAUUUGUCGCAGAAUGUAAUUUGAGUUACAUUGAUUCGGUAUCGGUCUCACUUUCGACAUCUGUGUUGUUUAAUUAUCCGAUGCCGAUGUUUGCGCGACUUCCCGUAUCUUUGACACUAUCUCUAUCAUUGUUCUCCGGCAACGCCACGAUAAAGCCACCCUCCCCUACCGCAAUUGCUCCCUCGGUCACACUUACCUUAUCCCCACACUUUCACCUUGAGCUACGCACGACCUCUCUCCUCGGCUCGCGAGCCAAACUCGCCGAUGUGCCCAAAAUUCACCAGAUGAUUGAAGAGCGUAUCAAGCGCGCCAUAUCGGACCGCGCAACGUGGAAAUUUAUGCUCCCUGGUCUGGCAGCGCGUACGGCUCGAGAAGGGAUCCCUGACACACUCAUAUAG